CAUCCGCCUACAAGUAUGGCUGUUCUGUAGUUGUAACAUCUGUUUUUGUUGCGUAAAUAAUCCUAACUUUUUCCAUUAUAAGCAACUUUUUCCUUAGGACUUUAACUUACCUGACCUAAAACGACAUUGCAGUCCAGCUGUUAAUCAUUUGCGUGUGUGUCCACGCCCUGCGUGUGUGUUAACAUGACCAAAACCAAGCGUGGAAGUUAAACUGCAGCUUGGAAAGAUCACCAUGCCAUCCGCCUGUGACUCUCUGAUUGAAGACAUUGAGGAUAUGGUGUCUUUUAAUGACCCCACUCCUCAUGACAGACAGUCUGCAAGAAAGAGUAUUCUGCCAAGGUCAAGAAGGAAGAAAGAGCUUUUAAGCAAUGAAGAGCUUCAAGUGGACAGUUUGAUCCCUGGCACCCAAAAGAUCUGGAUGAAAACGUGGGGAUGCAGUCAUAACAACUCAGAUGGGGAGUACAUGGCUGGACAGCUCGCUGCCAGCGGAUACAAGAUAACAGAGGACCCAGCAGAAGCAGACUUGUGGUUGCUGAACAGCUGCACAGUGAAAAACCCUGCAGAGGACCACUUCAGAAAUUCAAUCAAGAAAGCCCAGGAGCAGCAGAAGAAAGUGGUCGUUGCAGGUUGUGUUCCUCAGGCUCAGCCCCGGAUGGACUACCUUAAAGGUCUUAGCAUUAUUGGGGUCCAACAGAUUGAUCGAGUGGUGGAAGUAGUGGACGAGGCUGUUAAAGGUCACUCUGUUCGCUUGCUGGGUCAGAAGAAAGAUGGUGGAAGGAGACUUGGAGGUGCGAGAUUGGACUUGCCGAAGAUUAGAAAGAACCCUCUGAUUGAAAUCAUCUCCAUUAACACUGGGUGUUUGAAUGCAUGUACGUACUGCAAGACAAAACAUGCUCGAGGAGACUUGGCCAGCUAUCCCAUAGAGGAGCUUGUGGAACGAGCUAGACAGUCUUUCCAGGAGGGAGUGUGUGAGAUCUGGUUGACAAGUGAAGACACUGGUGCUUACGGCAGAGACAUAGGGACAGACCUGCCUACAUUACUGUGGAGAUUAGUGCAGGAGAUACCUGAAGGAGCCAUGCUGAGGCUGGGCAUGACCAACCCUCCUUACAUCCUGGAACACCUGGAGGAGAUGGCAAAGAUUUUAAAUCACCCACGUGUUUAUGCCUUCCUUCAUGUUCCCGUGCAGUCGGCCUCAGACAGUGUCCUGAUGGACAUGAAGAGGGAAUAUUGCAUUGAUGACUUCAGAAGAGUUGUGGACUUCCUCAAAGACAAAGUACCUGGAGUAACAAUUGCUACAGAUAUAAUCUGUGGAUUUCCUGGUGAGACUGAAGAAGACUUCCAGGACACUUUAGAACUUGUGAAACACUAUCAGUUUCCUAGUUUGUUCAUCAACCAGUUUUACCCCAGACCCGGUACACCUGCUGCUAAGACGGAGCAAGUUCCAGCACAUGUGAAAAAGCAACGGACUAAAAAACUCUCUGAACUCUUCCACUCUUACAACCCCUACGACCACAAGGUAGGAGAGAGGCAAUUUGUGCUGGUGACAGAGGAGUCUUUUGAUGCCCAGUACUAUGUUUCCCACAACAAGUUCUACGAACAGGUGCUGGUACCGAAAAGGGCUGAUUUCAAAGGAAAGAUGAUUGAAGUGGAUAUCUACGAGGCAGGGAAGCACUUUAUGAAGGGGCGACCAGUAGAAGACAGCAAGCCUUUCACUCCCUCUAUUGGAGUGCCUCUUCGGAAAGGAGAAGUCUCUGGUCUGUUGCAGGAACAUAUGGCCAAUGGAGUUAAAGGAGCUGCUUCUGUGCCACCUGACUCUGCGCUCCUGGUCGGCUCCUACAGUCUGGACAGAGAACUGCUGAAGAAACUGGGGAUUUGCAUUGCACUAGCAGCCGCCGUCUUGGCCUUUGUUAUUGAGAAGGUCUAUUAAAUGUACUGAAUCAUGAAAAGAUCAGAAAAACGACAAGUUUGAAGUCUGAGAAAAUGUUUUAUUUAAGCAGGUUGGCACAGGUUUUGUGUUUUUGAUUGGAAAUGACUGCAUCAAAGCUUUUUGUCUUUGUUCACUUCUUGCAUCCGGAAAAUUUGAAUGCUUUGUAGCCAUUUUACAGAUAAACCAAGAACAACUGAAAGUGCUAUUGCAUUUUAAUGAAAAUUAAACGAGUGAGACUUCUUCAGUCCUUUUACUUUCAUUUCAGAGUAUUAAUUAUUUUACAACCUAAACAUAGUAUAUUUUUAGAGCUGCAAGAUAAAUCUCAUUCAGGUUGUCUUUACAAAUUUACAUGUGACUCAAAAUAUUGAUGUUUUUCUUCUCUUCAGUAAAUAAAAAAGAAUAAAAAUAAAAUUGUAAUAUUCAUGUUGUUUAAAAUGAAAAUGUGCAUGGGUUGUUUAUAAUAGUUUCCUGCCAGUUUAUUGCUGCCAGACACAUUCAUAAUAAUUUGUUUUAUUCUGUACACCCUGAUCUUCUUUGCUGUCUGCAGAAGAACAGUUUCAUUUGCUCUCUAUCUGUAAUUGUGUCUUGCUGAUGUUUACCUUUGAGAUUUAUUCCUCUGCCUCAGCACAGUUCUGUUUGCCCUUAUAUUCCCUUUUCUUUCCACCAUUAUUAUGAUACCACUUUAUGAUCCUGCAAUAAAACCAAAAUUAUUAAUAUUCUGGAAAAUUUAUGGUAGAAGUAGAUCAUAAUUCACAUAGGGAACAAAAUAUUGAUACCCAACACAUCAGCAGAAAUAUCUCAAAGCAUAAAUGACAUAAAAUCAAAUUGUCAGUGAUUUUGAUAUGUAUUUGGUAAACAUAAAUACUGUAAAAGUUACAGUAUUUCACCAUUCAUUCACUAGUCACAUUUUGUAUCUUUGUUUCGGUUUCAGUACAAACAUACUUCACUCUUAUUUGUAAAAAUAAAAAAAAAGAGAACCACAAGUAAUUGUCCUUCCAUUUCCAACUACGCACUACACUGUUUUGGUCUGUCAUAAAAUACACAGAAAACCAACUUAAUUCCAUAUUUGGGGAAAUAAUAAAAAGUUCAAGGGGUACAAAUGCUUUUUAAAGGCACAGUUGCAUGUGUAGGUCAUUUUUGUCUUUUUUUCCCACACAACUGUAACAUCCAAAAUCCUCUAAUAAAGGUCAAAAUCAGUUUAUUCCAAGUAAAA